GGAGGAGGCGGCGGGAGCUUCACGGGCGGCACCGUGUCCAGCUCGACGCAGAGCGAUUCGCCGCCGGAGCUGAGCGCCGAGCUGCGCAGCGCCAUGAGCGCCGCGGGGGUGGUGGUGGUGGACAAGCUGGGCUUCAAGUCCUCGUCGUCGUCCUCCUCGUCGGCCUCGUCCGCCUCCUCCAAGAAGGACAAGAAGCAGAUGACGGAGCCGGAGCUGCAGCAGCUGCGCCUAAAGAUCAACAGCCGCGAGCGCAAGCGGAUGCACGACCUCAACAUCGCCAUGGACGGGCUGCGGGAGGUGAUGCCCUACGCGCACGGCCCGUCGGUGCGCAAGCUCUCCAAGAUCGCCACGCUGCUGCUGGCCAGAAACUACAUCCUGAUGCUCACCAACUCGCUGGAGGAGAUGAAGCGCCUG